GCUUCAGGUCUGAUCAGCUGGAAAUUAACUAGCUGCUAGAAUAUCAUAAACAUAAUCAGCACAGUACUAGUGUGUGUCAACCAUGACCACUAUCACUUCAGUUUUGUCCCUCUUGUUCUUUCUUUACUUUCUUAUUGCCAAGUCUCAUGCAGACAACAUUGGAGCUCCCACACCACCACCACCACCACCACCACUAUCGCCAGUGUUACCUCCAGAUGGUUCUGUGGAGUUCCCUGAGUCAGUCUACUGCAAUCAGUUUAAUUCAAAAUGCUUUGGCCAAAUCAUUUCCUGCCCCUCCCAGUGCCCUACAUUCAAGCCCUAUGACCCCAAGAAUAAAGGCUGUUUUGCAGAUUGUAACUCCAAAAAAUGUGAAGCCAUUUGCAGAACUCGCAGGCCAAACUGUAAUGGUAUAGGUGCAGCCUGUUAUGAUCCAAGGUUUGUUGGAGGAGAUGGUGUCAUGUUCUACUUCCACGGCAAGACAAACGAGCAUUUUAGCUUAGUAUCUGACUCUAAUCUUCAAAUAAAUGCUCGAUUCAUUGGACGCCGACCUUCUGGAAGAUCCCGUGACAACACAUGGAUUCAAGCCUUAGGUCUCAUGUUCGACUUUCACUCGUUCACUCUAGCAGCAAACAAGGUGGCACAAUGGGACGACCAAGUCGACCAACUCCUCUUCACCUAUGAUGGCACACCAUUCAACAUUCCUCAAGGUCACCUCUCUACUUGGACUAGUCCUGACCUAAAUAAUAUUGUGGUGGAGAGGACAACAAAGUACAAUAGCGUUACAGUUACAUUGCGCAAUGUUGUUGAGAUAUCUGUGAAAAUUGUUCCCAUAACCAAGGAAGACGACCGCAUACACAAGUAUGAAAUACCAUCUGAUGAUUGUUUUGCACAUUUGGAGGUGCAAUUCAAGUUUUUCAAUCUGUCAGAGAAGGUGGAAGGUGUCUUAGGGCAGACGUAUCGUCCGGAUUUCGAGAAUCCAGUGAAGAGAGGGGUUCCAAUGCCAAUCAUGGGCGGGGAGAACAAGUACAAGACCUCUUCUCUUGUAUCAGCAGAUUGUAACUUGUGCAUUUUCUCACCAUCCUCGAAACCUCAAUAUGCAGCUAAACUAUUGGCAUUGAAUACCGAUUCCACUUUGGAUUGCACUAGCAACACAGGUAAUGGCCAUGGAUCAGUGGUUUUUUGUCGUCGGUAGAGUCUAGGGUUCAUCCAUUAGUAUGUAUGUGCUGCGAUUUGCUACCAUCUUUUUAAAUAACGCUAAAUAUUAAAAAAAGAUAUUAUUAGAAGUGUUUUUAAAAAAUACAAAUAAAUCAUUGAAUCAUAAUAAAAUGAAAUUCACUUGCAAGUCCUUGAAAUAAUUCAUGUGCAUUCUUAAGAAAACAAAAA